CGCCACUGCAUGCUUGUUUUCGUUUGGAUUUCUCGCGUGUUUCCUUUCUCAAGUUUUCCGGCGUUUGUUCACAUGUUCUGUUCACCCUUUCGUUGAGCAUGGAGUUCGUAUUGGGCUCUGAGCCCUGGCCGCACUCUCACCAUGACCUAAUCCAGCAUUACUAUCAAAAAUACGACGCGCAAAUAGCAUCGGGCGAGUUUGAUCCGUUUGUUUAUCCCUACGGAGCUUACGGAGCAUUCCUGGUUAUUCUCUUUCUAUGCAUACCUCACCACGACCGCCCAUGGUUGAGAAAAUGUCGUUAUUUAAUUUGGGGUGUAUUGCUCUGGUUCGCAACAUACAGCAUCAGGUAUCAAAGAGCUAGGGCUAUGGCACCAGCACUAGGCCUUGGACUUGUACACGCAUGGAGUGUUGUCUACCUCGCCGCACUUCUCGUGUUUAACGAUGCUCAGACGGACUUCCAACGUAUCGAAAGAACAGAAGGGCAAUUUGGCAGCGACCGAGCCCCACAGCAAGCGAAGACAGACGCAGCAGAAGAAACCACAGACCAGAACGGCCAUAUCACUCAGAAUUCCAAAGCCGGUCCUCGUGACCGUCACGGCGAAUUCGCAUGGCAGCCCUACCCACUGUCACCCUUCAUUGAGCGCCUCGAUUGGGUAUGCGACCUGUUCUGCAACUUCCGCGGCGCAGGCUGGAACUGGCGCACCUCCGCGCUCCCCCCACCUCCCAAAUGGGUACAAGAACAACUGCACCGUAACUCCGGCGACGUGCCAAAGCACACCUCUCGCGUGCACGCUGGCCAAGUAACAACCUAUCCCGACCGGCGCUCACUGCUCAUCUCCAACGCCAAGACCCUCGCAAAAGGCUACCUCGUCCUCGACGCGCUCAAAACCAUCAUGAUGCACGACCCCUACUUCUGGGGAAUCCUCUCGCGCAACCCACCAUCUUACCUCCCCUUCAGCCUCCUCACGCAGCCGUGGAUGAUCAACACCUACCGUCUGUUCCUCAGCAUGAUCGCCGUGAAAUACGCCUUACAAACAAUCUUCUCUCUUGCACCGCUCGUCUUCGUAGGGAUCUUCGGGUCCUACAUCGGUGCGCGGUCCGAACCGUGGAUAUACCCUGAGACAUGGGGUUCGUUUACGAUCGUGCUUGACCAAGGGCUUGCCGGGUGGUGGAGCAGCUGGUGGCACCAGACGUUCCGGUUUGCAUUUGAGCAACCGAGUGUAAGGAUUUGCGAGUACUUUGGCAUGGAUAGGAGGAGUGUGCCGGCGAAGGCGAUUCAGUUGCUCACCGCAUUUGGGCUGAGUGGGGUGCUGCAUGCGUGUGGCACGUAUACGGCGGCGGGGCCGACGCAUCCAGUGAAGAACUCGUUUGCGUUCUUUAUGCUGCAGGCGUUUGGCAUAUUUUUUGAGGUAGUCAUCUCGUCUGUUUUGCGAAAGACGGGGACGCAGAAGUAUGUGCCGCAGUGGGCGAUGCGGAUGUGGACGUUCAUCUACGUACACGUGUGGUUCUUCAACACCGCACAUCUGCUCUGCGACGACUUCGCAUUGGGUGGCGUCUGGCUCUUCGAGCCGAUCCCUAUCUCGUUGUUCCGAGGGCUAGGCUUUGGGGCUGCGAAGGAAGAUGAUUGGUGGUGCUGGGCAGGACAAGUCGUCAGAUGGCACACUGGGAAACACUGGUGGCAAAGUGGCCUUGCGUUUUGAGCAUAUAAAUAUGUUUCGGUGUAGCACAGGGUUGGCGUAACAGAAAGAGAUGAUCCACGAAUUUCAACUUCAUACAGUUUCUUAU